AACGAUGACAACUAACUUAUAAUGGUUGGACAACAUUCUGUUCCUCUGCAAUAACCAUUACCAGCCAAAAAUAUAGAUGAUGUUUUGUUAUAUACUCUUCAAAACUAGUAGGGGAUACUUGGAAAUACUUAUAGUUUCCAAAACUGUAACAAAUAUUAGUUUCUAGUUAUAUUUGUAUGAUAACAAUGAACGAAUUGGAAACACAUUAAAUCCGUUAUUGAAGUUAGCCAACGAUCUUGAAGGACGAUAGGGGGGAGAUUGGAAAUUUCGAAGUUGACGUUUUUGGAUCAGAAGUGCAUAAUAGCGCCAUGAUUUGUCAAACAUUCUUUCACUCGACGAGGUAUGUUGCGUACGAGUAUCCCAAUGGCGAUUUGAGGGAGCUGGCCUGUUACUCUCUUCUUGCAGCGCCUGGCCAAGUUCAACCAACGUGGUCGGCGGCCUAUGACGUUGACGCACGCGUCUCCCUGUGAGCGUUGACGAUUCGUGCGCGAUGGACACGGGAGUUGUCCUGAAAGACGAAACGUCGACCCACAAGCUCUGCAAACAGGACAACAAAGGGUGUCAGUUUGUUGUAAGGGGAAACAGUUGUUUUCUAAUAUUGUUAUUUAAACACAAUCAUUACCAACACGAAUACUGCAUUGCUAUCUUUGCAUUGCACAUGGUUUAUAUCUUGUCGUUGUCAGUUGGUGGGCGUAUCUUGGUCAUGUGACGAGGUAAAAAAAUAUUAGUUUAGAUAAUCUAAUGAUUAUCAUCGAUGACUUGAUCAUACUCAAGUCAUACUUCGCAACGUUUCUCAUAGUAACAGUACGACAUUUUUCGUUAUAGGCUAAACGGUACGAGUUAUUGUAUUGUAGUCAACGUAUCUGCUGGUGCGCUGUCAACCGAACAAUGAAACUUGCUUUGAUAACUGUGCUGCUGCUUGUGUGUGUGACGUCAGAGGCGAAGCGCCCGAAUAUUAUCUUCAUUGUAGCGGAUGAUCUGGGUUGGGGUGACGUCAGCUUCCAUGGUUCAAAGAUCAGCACGCCACAUUUAGACAAGCUUGCAUACAAUGGCAUCCUCCUCAAUAACUACUACGUGUCUCAACUGUGUACCCCGACUAGAAGCGCCAUCAUGACUGGCAGACACCCAAUACACACAGGUCUCCAGCACCGAGUGAUAAAGGAGUCCGCUCCUUAUGGCCUGUCCCUGAACGAGACCAUCAUGCCGCAGUACCUCAAUGAGCUGGGGUACGCUUCCCACAUGAUCGGCAAGUGGCACUUGGGCUUCUUCAAAAAGGACUACGUUCCAACUAUGCGCGGGUUCGACUCCCACUUUGGCUACUACACCGGGAAGGAAGACUACUUCGACCACACAAGCCAGGGACCGGGGGAUAUGUGGGGGUUGGACUUCCGCCGAAACCUGGACGUGGUGCGCACUGAUGAUGAGCAGUAUUCCACAACACUGUUUGCGACAGAGGCCAGUGACAUCAUAAGAGCGCAUAAUCAGUCAAAGCCGCUGUUCCUGUAUCUGGCCUUCCAAGCAGUGCAUGCAGGGAAUUAUGGCGGAGAAGAUAUUAUUGCAGCACCACAGAAGUAUGUCGACAGAUACCAACACUUCAAAAAUACAUCGAGGAAACUGUUUGCUGGCAUGGUGUCGGCGCUGGAUGAAGCUGUGGGUAACGUCACGGCGACGUUGCAGAAGGCGGGGAUGUUGAACGACUCCAUCAUCGUCUUCACCACCGACAACGGUGGACCCACCAAUGGCUACGACCACAACGCCGCAUGCAACUGGCCACUUCGGGGCUGCAAGAGCACGAUGUGGGAAGGCGGGGUGCGGGGGAAUGGCUUCAUCUACAGCCCUCUACUCUCUACAUCCGGGUACGUCCAGGACAACAUGAUGCACAUCACUGAUUGGCUGCCUACACUCUACCACGCGGCCGGAGGUGACGUCAGCAAGCUCAGGAACCAAGAUGGCUACAAUCUGUGGGAAAUGUUGUCGAACGAUGGCGAAGCUGUUAGGAAUGAAAUAUUGCAUAACAUUGAUCCUAUACAGAACUAUUCAUCUCUUAGAGUUGGGGAGUAUAAACUUGUUAUGGGAGAUAUUUCAGGGGGUAAAGAUGAUUCUUGGUAUCCACCACCAGAAGGAAAAGACACAAAGACUGAACAUACCUCUGGGAGCGAGUCCGUGAAAACAUUCCAUACAAACGACCAUCCAGUAAACGUCAAGUGCGGCAAGAAACCCGUGGAUGCCGAUAGUAACUGUCAACCGGAAGUGUCGCCAUGUUUGUUCCACAUUCCCAGCGACCCGUGCGAAUUCCACAACAUUGCUUCAAUGAACCCAGACAAGGUUCAGUCCUUGCUGGCCAGACUUGAUGUGUACAGGAAAACCAUGGUUCCUCCCGCCUACAAGCCCUCCGAUCCUAACGCCGACCCCCGACUUCACGGGGGUGCAUGGACGUGGUGGCAAUAGCACACUACAGACAGAUUUAAUCGUCUUCAGACAAUUUAUAGAGUGUAUGUAUCAAAAAAGACUCUUUUGAAGUUAAAUAUAUUUUUAUACUUUGCUGCAGUUGUUAAGGUGUGUUGUUAUUUAUUAUGAGGUUUUAAACGUUAUUAACUCUCUCGCGUUAUAUAUAACUGUUUUGAAUAUAAGGACAUCAAAUAAUAGUCUUUUCGUAAGUGAAAGUUUGAAGAACGACAUUUGUCUUCAGAAACCUUCACAGGGAGACGUGGGUAAUAUAAAAUUCGGAGGACUCAUGACAUAGUUCUACACCACGAGAGUGAAAUAACCAAGGGCAGUGUGUACAUGUUUGUACCACGGGGUAAUAAUAAUGACACAUGUUGUUUGACUU